AUGGGCUCCUCUCGGGCACGCCGGAUGGGGCGUGUGGGAGGGCGAGGGAUGGUGGUGGCCUUGCUACUGGCUUUUGGUCUCCUCCUGCCAGGAACCUGGGCCAAGAGCAUCGCCACCUUCUCAGACCCCUGUAAGGACCCCACGCGGAUCACCUCCCCCAACAACCCCUGUCUCCCUGGCAACGGUGGCUCCGGCAGCUUCAGUGGCCACAGUGGCCACAGUGGCUCCAGCAGCUUCAGUAGCCACAGUGGCUCCAGCAGCUCUAGCAGCUUCAUUUCCAGUUCCAGUAGCUCCAGUGGCUCCAGUGGCUCCAGUGGUGGCUCCAGUGGCUCCAGUGGCGCCCAGGGUGGUUCUGCAGGCUCUGUGUUAUUUAAGCCAGGAACAGGAUAUUCUCAGGUCAGCUACUCCUCCGGCUCAGGCUCCAGUCUGCAAGGUGCAUCCAGUUCUUCCCAAUCCAGCAGCAUCAGCUCCCAGUCGGGCAGCAUCUACUACCAACCAGGGCAUGGCUCCGCUCUGCCAACCAACGACGAGGCUUCUCGCACCGUCAUGGGCUCGUCCCAGUCCGGAGGGACCUCGAGCAGCUCCAACCUGCGGCCCUGCAGCUCCGACGUCCCCGACUCUCCCUGCAGCGGGGGCCCUGUCGUCUCCCACUCCGGCUCCUACCUCUCCAGCUCCCACUCCGUGUCGGGAGGGAAGAGGCCUGUGGUGGUAGUGGUGGAGCAGCAUGGGCCCGGGGGCCCGGGAGUGCUUCAAGGUGCCCCCUGUAGCAAUGGCGGCCCUCCAGGAAAGCCCUGCCCCCCCAUCACCUCUGUACAGCAGUCUUAUGGUGGCUACGAGGUGGUGGGUGGCUCCUCCGAUAGUUAUCUGGUCCCAGGCAUGACCUACAGUGGGGGUAAGAUCUACCCUGUGGGCUACUUCACCAAGGACAACCCUGUCAAGGGCUCUCCGGGAGCCCCCUCCUUUGCAGCCGGCCCCCCCAUCUCCGAGGGCAAGUACUUCUCCAGCAACCCCAUCAUCCCCAGUCACAGCUCCUCCAGCUCCAAUGUCUACCAGUCCGGUGCGUCCUCAGUGGUGGUGUUCCAGCCGGUGGGCUCUGGUGGGGUCCAGCCCUGUGGGGUCGGCUUCCCAGGCUCCCAGGGGCCCUGCUCCCCACCAGGUUCUAGAACCCAAGUCAGUUCCAGCAUUUCCAGCGGCUCCAGCUCAUCCUACCAUCCCUGCGGUGGGGCCUCCCAGGGGCCCUGCUCCCCACCAGGCACCGGCUCCUUGGGUGGCGGCUCGGGCUCCCAGUCUGGUGGCACCAUUGUCCUGCAGCCCUGUGGGAGCAAGUCCAGCUCUCCUGGUUACCCUUGCAUUUCUGUCUCCUCCUCUGCAUUGAGUGGGGGUCCCGAUGGCUCUCCCCAGCCUGAUCCCUCCGCCGGAGCCAAGCCCUGCGGCCCCAGAAGCGCUGGAAAAAUUCCCUGCCGCUCCAUCCGGAACAUCCUGGCCCGCGUGAAGCCUCUGGGGCCCCAGCUGGCUGACCCUGAAGUCUUCCUGUCCCAGGAAGAGCCAGUUGACCACAGUCCUUAGACCAGCUUCUGUGCACAUGCACACACAGGCACACACACUCCCGUGCGCGUGUGCACACGCACACACACACAGCUUCUCCCACUUGGGAGACAUCUGGGGCACAGGGUUAGCUCAGUUUCCACCCUCCCUCCUGAGCACGGCCUCGCUCUCUCUGUUCCCCCAUUGUGGCAGACUCUCCCUUAUCAUCUCUUCUUUCUUCGUCUUCUCGGGAUGGGAAACCCCAAAGCCCUUUCCUCGUUCUCUCCCAUGGCGCGGAUCCCCACCCCACUGCAGGGUCCUCUCCCUGUCAGUCCACAUUAGCAUCCCCUCUGCCCUUUUCUUGGAGAAGCCCAUGGGCUAACCCCACCCAUUCAGGUCCUCGAGGGGAAACCCCUGAAACUCCCAGGGUACCCCUGCUGCCUGGAUAAGUCAUCCCUUCCCCUCCUCCUUUGCCAAAUAAAACCAAACCCAAGCCAUCAUCUGAAGACAAUGGUUACUUUUCACUGACUUCUCUUGGCCAUCUGGUCAACCAACCUCCCAGGAGGACGCUGGAUUCUUGCUCCAAGACCACAGCCAUGCUCCAUGGUGACACUCGCCACGCCCUCUGAGGUCACUGUUUCCAACACACCCCUCCCUUCCCAAGCUUGGUCUCCAUCUCAGCCCCCUCCCUCUCUGGCUGCCGGUUUUCUCAAUGCUUCCCUGUGGGCAGAGGCCCCAGAGCAUCCUCAGAGGUUGGAGCAGGUUCCCUAGCUCUGGAUCCCAGAUGGGUGGCUCAAUAAACCGAGUGAACUCAAUGCAGGCUUUCUUUUUUUUU